GAGCGCCAUGAUUGUGACAGGGAAGUCGUCGUUUCAGCGGUGGUAGGACUGCCAGUGACGACGGUGGCAACUGGCCGACGUCGUGUGUGUGUUUUGUUGCUGCUGCGAUGCGUCUGCUAAAUCUCGAGUCGUCUCGUAAAAGAGUGUGAGAAAAAGAGCGGUCAGCUGUUACGACGCCAGGCCAGACAGCGCGGCCAAACGAACGGCACAGAUCAAUUACAUCGCGGAGGAGGAUACGCGGAUCGAAGGAGACGAAUAUCGUGCGACAGGAAAGAAGGUUACGAGGGGCGGAUCGUUGGUGGUAAGGACCGUCCGCGUGAAAGUGAUGAAUAUCGGUGGAAAAACGAUGGCGUAAGCUUUGUCAACCCUGAGCCGAGACGUGUCGUGUGUCGUGUGCCGUGGCCGUCCGUCAUAAUUCAGCUGCUUCUUUUUUCUACAAAAGCUUAUGACUCGGCUGCCCCGAAGAAGUUGCGCGCGCGAACAACGGAACGCGUUUACAACGUAACGUCAGUGAAAACACAAUCCAGUGUGUGCUGUGCUAUCCCAGUUGCUACGCGGUCUGAGUGGCGAAUAUACUCGCGAUAUCGGUUCAUCUUUGAUCGCCGAGCAUCACGGCAACCCAGUAACGCGUAUAUACGUGCCAACGUUAUUUUGACCGACCGUGAGAUCGGCUUUUCCGUUGUCCUCUGCGGUGACUACCGUUCGAAACCGCUACUUCCUCGCGUCGUCGCGUUGUUGUUUUGUUUUGUUUAUUGUUGUUCGCGCGUAUUCGCGAGGUGGUGCCAAUACCUGGACAACGGCUUCUCACGGGGAGAGAGAGAAUAUGGUUACGAUGAUCAGUGAUACGUGUGGAUAUGUUCUCUUUCUGCUGUUGCUGUUGCUGGUUCCUUACAUCGAGAGUGCUCGUCGAUUGAACGAAUAUAUCCGCCACUACGAACCACUCUCCUAUCCCACCGAAGAGGUCCACAGAGGUCACCUGAGGGCCAAGAGGUCGGUUACCCGCGACAAUUCCGUGACUCUGAAGUUUCGCUCGCACGGAAGGGACUUUCAUAUUCGGCUGAAGAGGGAUUUGGCCACAUUUAGUAAUAACUUAAUCAUCGAGGGUCCUUCCGGACAAACGGAGGACCUUGACACAUCGCAAAUUUAUCAGGGCCACUUAGUUGGUGAGCCUGGCAGCCAUGUGUUUGGAAGCAUCAGCGACGGUGUUUUCCAUGGUAAAAUCAUUUCACCCCGCAGUGGCGCGUGGUACGUGGAAAGGGCGCAUUAUUACUUUCCACCACACCAGAUAAAUGACACGUUACAUUCUGUGAUCUAUCACGAUAAUGAUGUCGGCGACCCCUACUCGCAUCUUCGAAAAGGAGAAACGAGUGGCUGUGGCAUCACGAACGACGUAGUGGAAUGGAUGGAGAGAAUUCAAAAUUCUGCUGAAUUGGACGUCCCUCCUCUGUUAACCGCGAAUGGUAAGAAACCUAAGCCAUCAGUGAAACCAUGGAAUGGCGAUCCGGAAUCACCCGGUCACAAAUACUCUCGAGAGGCUAACGAAGCUGGUCAUCGGAGAACGCGGAGGGCAACCAGACCGAAAGAGGAUAACAAGAAUACAUGUUCCCUCUUCAUCCAGACCGAUCCUCUCAUAUGGAGACACAUAUCCGAACAGCUGCAUCACGAUGCCGAGAAGACCAGGGAGGAGAUCCUGUCUCUGAUCGCGCAUCACGUCACUGCCGUUAACUAUAUCUACAGGGACACCAGGUUCGAUGGUCGGAUCAAGCACAGAAAUAUUAAAUUUGAAGUGCAACGGAUAAAGAUCGACGACGACACAGCCUGCACACCGCAGCAGACGUACGGUGAACCGAAUCCAUUUUGCAUGGAAAAUAUCGACGUUAGCAACUUUUUAAAUUUACACUCGCUCGGCAACCACGAAGACUUCUGCCUUGCCUACGUGUUCACCUACAGAGAUUUCACUGGAGGUACCCUCGGACUUGCCUGGGUAGCUUCAGCUUCCGGUGCAUCCGGUGGCAUUUGCGAAAAAUACAAAACAUACACAGAAACAGUGGGAGGAAUGUAUCAAUCCACCAAAAGAUCCCUUAACACAGGAAUUAUUACUUUCGUGAAUUACAACAGCAGAGUACCACCAAAGGUGUCGCAAUUAACAUUGGCCCAUGAAAUUGGACAUAAUUUUGGAUCACCUCAUGAUUUCCCACCUGAAUGUAGACCAGGUGGUUUACACGGAAAUUAUAUUAUGUUUGCGUCAGCAACCAGCGGAGAUCGGCCAAAUAACAGUAAAUUCUCAAAAUGCAGUAUCGGUAAUAUCAGUAACGUGUUAGAUGCUAUUGAAGAUAACAAAAAAAGAAAUUGUUUCACUGCAUCUGCUGGAGCGUUCUGCGGUAACAAGAUCGUCGAAGCCGGAGAGGAAUGCGAUUGUGGGUACGACGACGACGAGUGCGUGGACAAGUGUUGUUAUCCCAGACAAGUAUCCGAAUUGGACAAGAUAAAGAACGAAACAGCAAAAGGUUGCACCAGGAAAUUCGGAACACAAUGCAGUCCCAGUCAAGGACCUUGUUGUUCGAGCGAAUCUUGCCAAUUCGUACCCCUCUCGAAGAGUGUUCAGUGUAAGGCUGAAUCGGAUUGUAGUUAUAAUUCAACUUGCAAUGGACGGUCUUCUGAAUGUCCUCCGCCAUUGCCGAGAGCUAACAAAACUAGGUGUAACGAGGGGACACAGUUGUGUAUCAAUGGCGAGUGUACAGGAUCGAUUUGUCUGGAAUGGAAUUUAACCGAAUGCUUUUUAACGAGUAACGUUAUCCCGAACAUCGAUAAACGUAAAUUAUGUGAAUUAGCCUGCCAAAAUGGUACCGAUCCAUCUACCUGUCGUAGUACCAGCGAAUUUGCUCACGUUGUUGGUUUACCUGAUGGGGGGAUUAGCCUUCGUCCUGGAUCACCCUGUGAUAAUUUUCAGGGAUAUUGUGAUGUCUUUUUGAAGUGCCGAGCAGUCGAUGCGGAAGGACCGUUAGCCAGAUUGAAGAAUCUUUUGUUUAAUAAGGAAACAUUGCUUACGGUAGCGCAAUGGGUGACUGAAUUCUGGUGGGCGGUGUUGCUCAUGGGGAUAGCGUUCAUCAUUUUCAUGGGAUUGUUCAUCAAAUGCUGUGCCGUUCACACUCCUUCUAGUAAUCCUAAGAAACCUCCAGCGAGACGUAUUAGUGAUACUCUUAGAAGACCUAUGAAUACGUUAAGAAGAAUGCGACAUCCACAUGGGGGAGGUGGUGCUGGACCCAGAAGUAUACCUCCCAGGUCAGUUCCAGGAGGCCACAAUGGUACUCGAGGGCCGUCGCAUGGUUAUGGAGAAGGUAGAGGUGCUCAGUAUUAUCCAAAAGCAGGCUAUCGCUCGGUUCCCACAGCUAGUGCGCCACCCGGCAGCGGUAACCCAGCACCCAACUACGGCAGGUCCAACCAUCCCGAAUUGUACGCCGGCGCCUAUUCGGGCUCCGGGGGAGGGGGGAGGUCCGCAGCCUACGAGAUGAGGCAUCACAACAAGGUGUGACGAUCCUAGAGAACUGACAACAAGGACGAGGAAUGGUCUCGAUAUCGUACCAUAAAUUGUUCUCUGUUCAAUGCCAAACUGUGAAACGAGCCGAUCCAGCCGAUACACCAAAAUGUCUCUCGUUCGUUCAAGAUCACAGAGAUAAAGAACUAGAAGAGUAAAUCAAAGGUGGAUCGUGUACAUUUUGAAAGUAUCGACGAUUGCCGAUCUGGAUGAAUGUUUUUAUUUCGAAUGGGGACACACUGGUUCGUAAUAUUUGUAAAUUGGUGAAGUGUGCUAAUUAUUAAUCAAUGGUGAUAUAUCGUUUUACGAAGCUGGAGGACAUCGGACGACGAAAUGAACCGUGCCGGAGGGACGUGAUAGAUCGUAAACUGACAAAUCGUUAGAUUCUAUUAUCGUACGAUUUUAUUGUAAUUCGUCUUUUUAAAUGUUUCCCGCAGAUUCCUCCGUGUGUUGCCAUCAAAUAUCCGUGUGUCGAUCAAAAAUGAAAAAAAAAAAAAGAAAGAAAUGAAAUCACAUGGGCUUUUCGAAUCGAACUAAUCCUGUCCACGAGACCCUUUUCGCGUGAACGGAAGUUUGUGGAGAAUUUUGUUUCUGUGAACAACGCUGGGAUUCGCACAGCAAAUCAAUUAUCACGAUAAAAUAUUGAACGAAGCGUAUUUUUGUCGUUCGAUAUAAGGAGCAUUUAUGGCCAAUGUUGCGUAGUAGUGUUUAUGCAUCGAUUUCCUCGUGAAAUCGAAUUCCGUGUACUUCGCUCUGGAUGGUGGGUUUUAUAGGUGACAUCGGUUCGUUAGAAGAAGAAGGGAAGUCCAUGGGGAGAGCGGAGAUGACAAUAUAUAUUUGGAAUAAGUGUUAGGAUGAUAAACGUAAUUCUUGAAAUGCUCCCACUGAACGUACCUUGGGUCUUUUAACUUUUAUGUAUGAACAAUAUACACAGUGGUGGCCAUAUACUUGCAUUGUUUAAAUACAAGUCAAUUUAACUCAAUUUUAUAUUAAUGAAAGGUGGAAGAAACUUAUUUUAUCCAGGACCAUAAAAGGAUACUAUAAGGAAUGUUCUAUAAAAGACAUAUAUUUAAGAAUACAUUAAAAAUAUUUUAUUUAAACUUUAAGGUUUACACUGAUAUUUUCUAUGUUAUUUUAAUAUUUUAUAUUUAAGCCUUCCCUUUUUUUAAAUUAUAGUAUAUCCAGGUAACAUGGAUCAAAAUAAUUUAUAUCUUAUAUUAAGAAUUAAUAACCAGGUUUCUUCCAUUCAUUAUCAUUGACCUCAAUAUCAUUAUUUUUUUUUUUUAAUAUUAUAUAAAUAUAUGACCACCGCUGUUGUUAUUCCGUUAGGUAUGAUUUUAAAAGGCAAGCUAUUUUUUGUUAUUCCAGAGUUCUUCCACAGGAAUACUUUUAUUCAUAGUUAACAUUUUAAUCAUUAACGUUUUAUUCUAAAGAUAGUUAAGAUCUAAUGCCAAAAUGUUUGAUACGAUUCUUUUUAACGGUACAUGUAAGUCGUAUUUUACGAAUGUUAUUUAGUUAAAAUUCUUUUAGUAUUUCCAAUUAUAUUACCACUUUCUAGAGCGAAGCACGCCUACCAUUACCAAACUAUUGCAGGUCAUUCAAUUGAUCUCUACCAUUAUAGCGUAAUAAUUAAUGAUACGUAAUAUUCUUAUACUAAUUUUUAUUAGCCAAUUUAAACGAGCAGAGCUAUGAGAGACUAUGAAUAACGGGAGGAAAAGUAAUAACACGAGAAAUUUCAUUAAUUUUUUUUUUUUAUAGCGAUAUUACAUUAACCGAUUAUUUCAACGAGAAUUAUAAUCGAUUAAUAUUGAUUCUAUUAUUAAUUAUGCUUAUUAUUAUUAUAUUAUUAUUAUUGCUAUUACUAUUAUUGAUUAGUUAUCUAUUGCAAAUGAUAAUUUAUAUCCGCUAUCGCGAAUGUUAUAAAUUAUAUUUAAAGACGGUUUUUAUCUUGCAAAUUAUCGGGGGCUGUACCGUAAAAGCGCUUCACAAUAUGCGCAUGGCGGACCAAAGACGAGCCCUUCUCUUCAAAUGUAAACAUGUUUUAAUAUAUACGUGGGCUCAAAAAACGCAGCAUACUCGUACACAGCUGCAUACUCGUAUAUACCAUCAGAGAAAAAAACGAUUCGUACGCAUUUAAUCCAUUGACGAUCAUUUUUGGUACACAUUAAUUAACUUCAGCCCGUGAUGGUUGGAUCGAUCGUGGUUCUGAUCUAUGAAAGGUUUACAAUAGUACUAUGAUAAAAAUUAUGGUUACCAAAUUUUCAACUCUUACGGUCGUCAGUGGAUCAAAUACCAUGUCAUACUUCAUUUAUCUCGAGACGCCAAAAUAUUACGUACGAUUGACUGAAUUUUUCUUUUUAACUCGUCCCUCGUCGAACCUUCUUGCGGAAACAUUCAUUUCUUUUUUAUCCGACAUGUUCCCAUUUUCUGGAUAAUAAUUCGAGGACGAAAAUGCUGCUGAUUUAUCGCGACUAUUAACUUCACAAUCUAACGUUCUUCUCCUUGUAUUUUUGAUAAUAACAUAAAGCUUGCCAAUUUCCUUUUUGGAAAAUUAGACAUAUUUUCUAUUUCUUCUGGUUCCAUAUUUGUUCGUAGGAGAUGUCAUUAAAUAAUUGUUCGAUGUUACGACAGAUAGCCAUACACACUCUUUAAACAGAGACAUAGAAUUUCGUUUUAGACACUGUCCCGGAAAUGAAACAGUUUUUCAAAUACAGAUAGGUAGAAUGGAACCAACGUUCGCAGGGAUGAAGAAUAAAAAGGUGUCUCUGCCAAAAUAAAAAAAAUAAAAAGAUCGCUGAAAAUACGAGUUUGCGGAUCGUGUGGAAAUGUACAAUAGUCGCAAUGUGAUUAUAAAAUGAAAAAAAGAAAGAUGUGGGUCAUGCGAGAUCCGAUGAUGGAGAGAAAGCGAGAAGAGGCAACAAAGAGAUGAUGAGAGAAAAGAGAACGGGCGUGCAAGAAUAAAAAAGAGAGAGUGUUAAACUGUGUACAUAUAUUGAUAUUAUAUAUAAAUAUAUAUAUAUAUAAACGAUAAUUAUAUAUCGAUAUGGGUACAUAUAUGUAUAUAUGUCUAUACAGAAUGGUCCAUGUAAGAUAUGUCUGAUUAUUUUUUGUAGCUCUGAUUAUACAAGGAAAGUUUCAUAUAUAAUAUAAUUAAAAUAUGAUUUCAAAAGGUAAAUAAGAAAGAUGAAAGGUUUUUAUAAAUGACAUUUUUUAUGCUAUAUGCUGUAACUGACUUGACUUUGCGAUGAAAGGUGAAAUUUUUUUUUCAUGUUAUUUCAAUGGGAGAAAGUUUCACAUUUAAUUACAAAUUUUAGAAUCUAAAGUUAUUUUAUGUAUUCGUAUAAAAAUACAUGGAUGGCCUUAAGAAAAAAAGGCAGGAAACAGUGGUGUUUAUAAAAUCAAUUCUCUCCUUUUUUAUUUGUCUUCUAAAAAUAUUUAAAUUACAUAUGAAACUUUUCUCGUACCAUCGUAGCUAUAGAAGAUAAUUAAAUGGCCCAUUUUAUGGGGCCCACCCUGUAUAUACGUACAAUCUUCUGCAACUUAGAUUUUCUUCAGGUAAAAAGAAAUGUAAGGGAAGAAAUGUCCCUAUUCUUAUCCAUAUUCUUCAUCUCUGAAGAUAGGAGGCUAUAAUUUAGGCUCUCCCUAGUCUCUCCCAAGAUUAAAAACUUCCUCUAAGUUUCUUCUUAACUAAAAAAAAAACCUACGUUGCAACUGAUUGUGCAUGUAUCCAUAUCCGUAUCCAUAACAAAUGGUAAAGUGAAUACAACAACAAAAAAUACUUGUUUUUAUAUCAAAUCUGUAUUAUAGCGAAAUAUUAUUCUGUAUUUUGUAAUCGGGACGGAGAUUAUAAGGAUGACGAACGAAUGCCUGUACGUGUGUGUAAUCGAGCCCUUAGCUUUUUAAGGUGACGACUUUUAACGACGAUCCAGCGUGAGAAACGGGUCGUUCGAUGUAGAUUAUAUAAGAAGUUUUGAAAUUUCUUGCGUAUAGAUGCAACGGGAUUCCAUUUUGGUUCCAUUCGUAAUCGCUCGUCCGAUCGUGGUGCGAUUUAGUUUAUCCUUUCUUUUUUUCUGAUAACAAUUCGAUAAAUUCAUGGAUGAUCCAUGAAUACAAUUUACUGCCAUUCGUAGUAGAGUAUAAGAAGAGAAAACCAGCUUGUCAAAACCAUAAAGUAAAUCAAUUCGUAUCUUGGUGGUAGGAUCAAACGAUAGACGGGGAAAAUAAUCGUAACUUCAUAGACUUUCCGGCAAGCUGAAUAUUAACUGCCAUUCGAACAAACAAAGAAAAAAUGAAUUUUGCGAUAAGUGACACGUUUGUUACGGAAACGAGUUCGUAAAUCAAUUCAUCCUUGCUUCCAUUUCACUGCCAUACAAACAAGAUUCAAACGACUGAAUAUGCGAUCAAAGAAGGAAGAAGAUAUUUGAAAUGAAAAAACAAAAAGCCUAAGACGAGCGUGGAAUGGGGCCAAUAGUACCUAGUUGAUGAAGAAGUCGCUUGCCCGUAUGAGAGGAGAAGCAUAACGAUUCAAUGAAACAAAUGUGUACGUUUCCACAUUCAUCAUUUGUCCCUACCCGAGAAAAGCCUCUAACUACGUAUGCUUAAGCUUAUUCGUUUUUCUGCGUCGUCUGGAUUAAGAUCGAGUUAUCGAUAACGGUGCGUUUCGUUGCACACAUUUCUUUGUGAUAAAACGAGUAAAACUCUUCGAUCGAUCGCGAUGAAGAAACAAAUUCGGAAUGACGUUCGUAGGAUUCAAAGGCAGAAGCUCUUUUUUAAGUACCUAUCUUAAUCCAGACCUUGCGUCGUCGUGACGCAAUGCACACUACUUUAUCACUUGUACAUAAUGUUAGGUGAGGAAGAAACAAAAAAAAAAAAGAAAUCGAAGAUUAUAUUUUUUCUAUCGAUCCAAAAAUGUGGUGACCUAUCAACAUCGUGCAUCCAAAAUUAGUUGUUGCACCCUCGAAUCACAAUUCUUCAGUUUCCUUGUCCGUUCCCGAUUUUGUUCUUUCCUUAGCCAUCUAAUAAAUCAUCUUCUUAAAUUGUGUUGGUUCUAUGUAAAGUGUUACUUGGAACAUCAUCAAAUCACCAAGUUGCCUUUACGUUUCGUACGUGCCGUAGUAUGUCGUUUAACUUCAUUCUUUCUUAUCAAUAUCUCUAACUCUCUCUCUCGAGCUCUACAGUUUUCAGUCAGUUUUUCAAUUAAUUUUUUAAUUAAGCAUGAUAACUGACCAAUCGCCUGAACGUAACUUCAGACCACCACUCUCUCUCUUUCCACACACACAUACACACACCCCUUAAAAAAGUGUCUCGGAACCGUGGCGAGUGUUUUAAGAAUAUUAUAAAUAAAAAGGAAUCUGAUUGUGAAUCUCUUGUGUUACGUUAAUGUGAUUAAAGAGAAAAACAAAAACAUUGUAAAGAACUAAAUAAAGCAUACAUUUUACAUU